AUGAGACUUCUUACUUUACUCUCGGCGAUAUGCCUAUCCGCCAUCUCCCUCGUCUUCGCAGCAAACUACUCUGAUCCCCUGAAACCUGACUUAGGGAGUGAUCCACACAUAGUCGUCUUCGAUGGCUACUAUUAUCUGACCACGACCACAUAUAGCAACGUCCAGAUUACACGGGCUACCACUCUCGAGGGACUCAAGGAUGGCGAGACACGCACCGUCUUCACCCCCGACGACCCGUCGCGCAGCUGCGAGUUAUGGGCGCCAGAGCUGCACUAUAUCCACGGCCGAUGGUAUCUCUACUUUAGCGCUGGCUUCUGCACUACAUGCUGUGACACACAGCGCCCGCACGUACUCAUUGGCGGUGCCACCCCGUUCGACACAUAUACAUAUCUGUCGACGCUGACCUCGGAGUUUGGCAUCGACGGUACGGUCCUUCGUUUCCCAGAUCAGCUCUAUUUCGUAUGGUCAUGUAUUACAUCCGACCUCCAAGGCCUCUGUAUUGCAGAAUUGCUCGAGCCUGGUACGCUGGGUGAGACGCAUGAGCUGUCGUUACCAGAAGCAGAUUGGGAGACUGUUGGGUUCGGCGUGAAUGAGGGUCCAGCUGCUAUGUACCACAAGGGCAAGACGUUUCUGAGCUUCUCCGCGAGCUACUGUGGGACAAGCAGUUACCAGCUGGGCGUAUUGACUUAUGUUGGCGGGGAUCCGCUUAAGAAGGCGAGCUGGACAAAGACUGGGCCAUUCUUGCAAAGUGCGAAUGGGAAUUUUGGGCCGGGUCAUAAUGGCUUCUUCCAGAGUCCAGACGGAACUCAGAUAUGGAAUGUAUAUCAUGCCACGGCGAAUAGCAAUGGCGCAUGCGACCGGUCGCGAUACACGAUGGCGAAGAUUGUUAAGUGGGAUAGGAAUGGGCAACCAAUAUUUGGGAGUCCUGAACCACUCGGGACUGUCAUGCAGGGCCCUUCCGGGGAGCCAACAUAG